AUGGACACGAAGGCCCACGUGAGCGCGCCCACCCACGGCUCCACGGGGAUCAGCUUCAGCCGCACCCACACCUCCGCGUCCACGUCAAAGUUGCGCACGCCCACCGGGAUGGGCACGGUGAGCGGGAUGGCCGACAGCCCCAUGCUCAUGUCCACUGGCACCUCCAGCAGCAUGCGCAUGCCCCCCGUGUACCGCACCCCCACGUGGUACCUGAGGUUGAGGGGCGGGGAUGGGGAUGGGGAUGGGGGUGGGGAUGGGGAUGGGGAUGGGGAUGGGGAUGGGGAUGGGGAUGGGGAUGGGGAUGGGGAUGGGGAUGGGGAUGGGGAUGGGGAUGGGGAUGGGGAUGGGGAUGGGGAUGGGGAUGGGGAUGGGGAUGGGGAUGGGGAUGGGGAUGGGGGUGGGGGUGGGGAUGGGGAUGGGGAUGGGGGUGGGCAUAGGGGUGGGUUGGAGGUAUGGGGGCCUGGGCCCAGAAAGAACAGCCUCAUUUCAUCCUGGUACCACACAGCACCACCUACUACCACAGCACUCCGCACUGCACCACUACUCUACCCCGCACAGCACCGCACUCACUGCAGGUCAUUGCCGCGUCGGGACGUGCGGCGCUCAAUGGAGCGCAGCGAGGGCGGCUCGUCGCCCAGGAAGAACUGCUUGAUGCGCACCAUAAACCUUGAAACCACUGACUAG